AAGGAACGAGCAGCUACGAACCAGCUGCGUCUUGCUUAAGCCUUCAAAUGCAAACCACAAACGAGAAAGAAACUAGAACAUGGCGUUUGGAGGAGCAGCUGCCACUGCCAUGACGUCCAAAUUUGCAGCAAGAAUCACCAAUCCAAUUCGACUGUCAUCUUCUCAACUUCCCAAGCUCGGCCUCCAUCGCACUCCUGUGCUUCAUCCACAACCCUUCUCCCCAUUUCCAACCAAUCAACCCGGAUUGAAGUACCAAAUUCGUGCUAUAAGUGAAGCUGCAGUAGAUCCUGUUUCUUCAAAUAAAGAGAAGGGAGAACGAUCCCUUCAAAGUUGGAAGAUCAAAAUGCUCUAUGAUGGAGAUUGCCCACUCUGCAUGCGUGAGGUUAACAUGCUAAGAGAGAGGAAUAAGCAAUAUGGUACAAUCAAGUUUGUUGACAUUAGUUCAGAUGAUUAUUCGCCCGAAGAAAAUCAGGGUCUUGACUACAAAACCGUUAUGGGAAGAAUCCAUGCGAUCCUUGCAGAUGGUACUGUAGUCAGAGACGUUGAAGCGUUUAGAAAACUUUAUGAACAAGUUGAUCUUGGAUGGGUAUAUGCUGUUACAAAAUAUGAACCAUUUGGAAGAUUAGCCGAUGCUGCAUAUAGUCUUUGGGCGAGGUAUCGUCUUCAGUUGACAGGUCGGCCACCUCUAGAAGAUAUUCUGGCAGCCCGAAAGAAAAACCAGGAGGGAGUAUGUAACGACAGCAAUGCUUGCAAGAGGUAAUCCUUCUGCACAAGAUGAUGAUUCUCCCUUGGUUAGUUGGUUACCAGAAAGGGGUGGGAAAGGACUUGAGCUAGUAAACGUAAUUAAUUUGAGAGGCCAGUAGCUCCACUUACAUUCUUGUAUACAUGGUUGUCCAAUAGACUCAUAGCAAUACUUUUUUCUUUUUUUUUAAAAAAAAAAAAAUUGUUUUUACAAUAUUUUGGGGGGAUUGAACUUCUAAUCUCAGGAUCGAUAAUACAAUAUUUCAAAUGUACUUAGGUAAAAAUCCAAGGCACUUCCCAGCUCCUUGUACUCAAUAAUCUCGUUGCUUUUCCCAAUGAAAUAUAUUGGUCUAUGUUUCUAACAGAAUGCCAAUGAAAAGCCUAACGAUCUACAAUUU